AUGGACCUGCACUACCAGCUCUUCAAGGGCGCCUCCUUCAAGUUCCGGGACAGCGUCGCCGAGCCCGAGAUCGCCGCCAGCAGGCUCGCCGCCCAGCCGCAGAUCAAGAACAUCUGGCCCGUGCGCAAGAUCUCCUUCCCGAAGCCCGAGGUCAAGUUCGUCGGCAGCAACGUCGGGGGCGAGGUCGGCGGGCAGCUCAACAAUAACAAGAACAAGCGCCAGGAGAGCUAUGCGUCCGCGUUCCCUCCCCACCUCAUGACGCAGGUCGACAAGCUCCUCGCUGAGGGCUUCACCGGUAAAGGCCUGCGCAUCGGCCUGGUGGAUACCGGUGUCGAUUACACGCACCCGGCGCUCGGCGGAUGCUUCGGCAAGGGCUGCUUGGUCGAGUACGGCUACGACUUCAACGGCGACAACAGCUCCUCUCCCGUCCCCGUCCCGGACGACGACCCGUACGAUGGCUGCGUCGGCCACGGAACCCACGUCGCUGGAAUUAUUGCCGCGCAGCUUAACGAGCAUAACUUCACCGGCGCCGCACCGGGCGUCAAGCUAGGCAUGUACAAGGCGACCGGCUGCGGAGGAGAGACUACGAACGAGAUGUUGAUCGCGGGAUUCAACCGCGCCUUCGAGGACGGCAGCGACAUCAUCUCGUGCUCGGCUGGUGACGACUCCGGUUGGUCUUCGGACCCCUGGGCCAUUGCUGCCUCGCGCAUUGCCCAAGCUGGUGUGCCGGUCGUUGUGGCUCCCGGGAACUCAGGAAACUUGGGACUGUGGUAUCCGUCUACUCCUGCAUCGGGCGUAGAUGUCACUGCGGUCGGCUCUGUCCAGAACAUUGUUUUGCCGACGAUGCUGAAGCUGGGUACCUAUUCCGUGAAGGACGGAGUUGAAGCCGAACGUUUCGGGAUCAGGUUUGGUAGCCCUUCGUUCAAAGUGAACGUUACUCUGCCACUGUGGGCUGCGGGCAACGAUACGGCUGCAGGAACAGAUGCUUGCAGUGAGCUCCCAGCCGACACACCGGAUUUAUCUGAAACAGUCGUGCUGCUCGGUAUCCCUACCUCAGGCGGAGAGUGCACUACCGAGAUCCAAGCCGCAAACGUCGCUGCCAAGGGCGGCCAGUACGUGCUAUGGUAUGCUCAGGACAAUACACAAAUCCCGGACCUCUAUAUCAACAACGCGUCGAUCCAGGCCGUUGGCUCGAUUCCCGUCGCGCAGGGCGAGCAGUUCAUCGCAUCAUUGAACGAGGGCAGCACAGUCACCGUGACCGUCAAUGACUACUCAUCGGCCGGCAUGUACGUGCACAACCUCGACAACAACGUCGCCGGAGGCUACAUGGCUCGAUCCAGCAGCUGGGGCCCGUCCCAGGAGAUCAACGUGAAGCCCCAGAUCUCGGCCCCCGGCGGCGACGUCUUCUCCACGUACCCCCUACCGCUCGGCGGGUACGCUGUUCUGUCCGGCACAUCGAUGGCCACGCCCCUCCUCGCCGCCAUCUUCGCGCUGAUCGUCGAGGCACGGGGAACCAAGGACCCGAAGGUCCUGCGAAGCCUGGUCUCGUCCACCGCCAAGCCCAAGGUCUGGUUCGACGGGACCAACGCGCACAACGAGAUCCUCGCCCCCGUGGCGCAGCAGGGCGGCGGGAUCGCGCAGGCGUGGGACGCGGCGCACGCGACGACGAUCCUCAGCGAGAGCAGCCUCUCCUUCAACGACAGCGACCACUUCGUCGCGGCGCGCACCUUCACGAUCGAGAACACCGCCACCGAGCCCGUCACCUACGUCCUCGGCCACGCCAAGGCCCUGACGCAGUACACCUUCGGCACCGGCGGCGGCGACGUCCUCGACAGCACCAGCUUCCCCAACCCCUCCGCCGAGGGCUGGGCCUCGCUCGCCUUCGCGUCCGACGAGAUCACCGUCCCGGCCGGCGGCAAGUCCGAGGUCACCGUCACGCUGACGCCGCCCGAGAGCCUCAACGCGACGCUGCUGCCCGUGUACAGCGGGUACAUCACCCUGAACAGCACUCGGGAAGAGUCGCUCGUGCUGCCGUACCUGGGGGUGUGGGGCAGCCUGUACAAGACGCCGAUCGUGCAGCCGGGGUACGACGGCGGGGUCUUCCUGACGAGCACGAACGGCCACUUCAACAUCCCCGUCGCCGCCAACACGACCUUCACGCUCGCGCGCCCCGGCAGCAACUCCAGCGCGAGCGGCGUCAUAUACCCGAAGCUCGCCAUCUGGCCCACGAUGGGCGCGCAGAAGGUGCGCGCCGAGCUCGUCGCCCUGACGCCCACGGACCUGCCCACGACCCAGUGGAAGGGCUACGCGAGCCUGGGGUCGCUGAGGGGGUUCCCGCUGACGCUGGUCGCGCGCAACGGGCUGUCGACCACGUUUGGCGGUGCGUUGGACGACGGGACGGUGGUGCCCGACGGUUCUUACGCGUUCAUCGUCAGCGCGGUGAGGGUGUUUGGCGAUGCGGCCAAGGACGAGGACUGGGAUAUCGUGGAGACGGUGCCGUUUAAUAUCGAGUAUAAGGAAUAA